AUAAAGUAGAUAAUUAUUUAUAUUGAAUUGCUAUAAGUUUUGUUGUUUUUAGAAUCAGUUAGUAUAAGUGCUACACACGAAUUAAUUUAACAAACGAUAAAAUUAUUUAAAAACCGUUUCUAAUGAAAUGUUUUCCAACAUGCGGGUAGUUUGAAAUCCAGCUAAUUGUGAAUUAAAAUUUUGUAAUUUCCGUCCUGUUACACAUCCACCUUGUCAGCAACCACGUGAAUUAAUUAACAUCUCAAUUAUAUAAUUAUUUAUUUACAUUUAAGUAUCAUUUUUUACAUUUUAUUUAUAAAUGAGACGACCGUAUUAAUUUUACAAAAUGAAAGCACAAUGCAUAAUACUUAUAAUUUGCGUCACGUGGUGUUCAGCUCAGUUCAUAGAUGAUAUGCAGGAGAUGUUCGACUUGCCUUGUCUAGAGGAUGACAUGUUCUUGUGCAUGGAUGGAGGGUGCAUUGAACAGGCGCAGUACUGCGAUGGCAUCUCACAUUGUGAUGAUAACUCCGAUGAGAGCAUGUGCCUGUUCUCUCAAAACGACAUAGUCGCUUGCAACGUGACACACCAGUUCGAAUGCCGCGACAAUAAGAGGUGCAUCCCACGUGCUUGGAUCUGCAACAAUGAGACAGACUGUGAUGAUGGUAGCGACGAGUUCAACUGCACCGUGACUCUGCCAGAAAUUACAAAUUCUACAUGCAAAGGGUUCAAAUGCCUCGACGGGCAGUGCAUCUCAUACUUGUGGCUGUGCGACGGCGUUUACGACUGCAACGACCGGAGCGAUGAGAACGCAGAGGAAUUAUGUCGUCACUUGAGGUACCCGCACGCGAUCCGCGACGGUUCGUACUGCCACGAGCUGCCCGCCGUCGGCGAGAGGAACUACAAGUGUCUGGACUCCUCGUACUGCCUGCCCAGCUUCCUCAUGUGUGACGGCACUAAGGACUGCCGAGACGGCAGUGAUGAAGGACCCUUUUGUGAGAACUGGACCACCAUGUGCUCAAACUACAUCUGCGCCGGCAACGACACAGAAUGCUCGCCAGACCGCUACGGGCCCACCUGCCUGUGCGUGCCCUCGCUCUCCAUGCGACAGUACAACUACGUCACGAAGCAGUGUGAUGACGUCAACGAGUGUCUCCUUGAGCGGCCGCACUGCUCGCACACGUGCGUCAACGCUGAUGGUCAUUACACCUGCGAAUGUGAUCCCGGGUAUACCAAGGACGAGUUCGGUUACUUGUGUUAUGCUAAUGGGCCCGAAGCAAUGUUGUUCUUCAGCACCCGAAACGACAUUAGAUAUUUGAAGAUCAAGUCUAAGCAGAUGGUUACUGUGGCCACUAAUAUUAAACAGGCCCACGGUGUAUCAUUCGACGGCACUUACAUUUACUGGGUGGAGACCGCAGAAGGUCAUCAGUCCAUAUUCAAGGCACAGCUUGAUGACGUCAAGGAUACUAAGCAGGUACUAGUAGGUCUUGGUCUAGAAGACCCGGGCGACAUAGCGGUGGACUACCUGGGCGGUAACAUCUACUUCAGUGACGCGGAGCGCGGCAUCAUCUCCGCGUGUCGAGUGGACGGCUCCAUCUGCACAACCAUCAAGACUGACACCAAGCAUCCCAAGUUCGUCACUCUCGAUGUUAGGAAUGGUAAAAUGUACUGGGCGGAUUGGAACCGGCGCGCCAUCAUAAUGUCAGCGCGCAUGGACGGCAGUCACCCUGACGUGCUGGUCGACAACAUGGAUGUGUUCGCCACAGGACUGGCCAUCGACGCCCCUAACGGACGCCUGUACUACGUCGACAAAACUGUUAAAGUUGUGAUGCUUAAUGGGAAACAUGUUUAUAAACUGUUCGACGAGCCUUUCCACUACCCGUACUCCAUCGCCGUGUUCGAGAACACGGUGUUCUGGAGCGACUGGACCACCAACACCAUACAGACGACGGACAAGCUUCACGGCAGCGCGCAGAAGAGGAACGUGCUGCUGAGUCUUGAUACGGCUCCGAUAGGCAUGCACAUGUACCAGCCAGUGCUGAUGAACACCUCAAUGAGUCCGUGCAGCAACAACAACUGCUCGCACCUCUGCCUCGUGACGUCCAACACGACGCACGUGUGCGCCUGCCCCGACGGCAUGGAGAUCAUGUAUAAUACGUGUCAUCACAUCGGUAAUUACCGUGCGAAGUACCUGGUGGUGGGCGGCGGGCAGCUGUUCUCGCGGCUGCAGUACGACGCUCUCGGCAACCCCGAGUGCCACGCCACGCACUUCGACAUCGGCCGCGUGCAGGCCAUGGCAUACGACAACUGUAGAGAUUCGUUAUUCAUAUUCGACGGACAGCGGAAGACGAUCAACUACAUAAACAUGACGGACUUCACCCUCGGCAUCACGCACCUGUUGGCCUACAAUAAUCUGGAGGAUGUAGUCGACAUGGAUUACGACUACGCGACGGACUCCCUGUACGUGCUGGACGCAGGUCGCCACGUGCUGGAGGUGAUCUCCUUGAGGACGCAGAAGCGGGCGCUGGUGCACCGCUUCCGAGACCUGGAGACACCUAUCAGCUUCUGUGUGAUGCCGGACUAUGGUAAGCUGAUGGUGGCCGUGGUGGAGAGCGACUUCAAUCACAACGUGCACAUCGACAGCAUUGGACUGGACGGAGAGGGACGGAGACAUGUCGUCAUGAACAACUUGAAGGGCCCUCACAUUCGCCUUCGCUAUGUCCAGCACAUGGAUGUCGUGUUCCUAUCUGAUGAGAGCAACUUCGUCAUCGAUUAUAUACACCCAGAAGGUACAGGUAGGGAGAGUCACAAGAAGCUGUCGACGACGGUGACGAGCCUGGCCAUAGCAGACAACUACGUGUUCUGGACCGACCGGCGCACGCCGCGUCUGUUCUGGUCGGACAUACACGAGACCUCUCAAAAGAUACGCAGGAUCGAAUUAGCUCUUUUCCCAAACAACACUCAACUUCUACUCCAAGCAACUACUGGUCUCCCCGACCCUAAGGAUCCACUGUUAAACCAUCCUUGUCUCAAGAACCCAUGUUCAGACGUCUGCGUCCAGAAACCAAGGAGAAAUCCUCAUGAAAUGACGGGAUAUGAAAUGGGCUACAAAUGUUUAUGUCCCCCUGGUCUCUUGGUGAAGAAUGGCCAGUGUGUGGCGUUGGCUGAUUGUGAAGCUGAUGAGGUGUUGUGCCAUCGAAGCAAUGUUUGUGUUAAGAGGAAUCAGAAAUGUGACGGUAAGGUGGACUGCCCUGAUGGCGAAGAUGAGGAAGGCUGUAUAAUGGAACCAGCCAAAUUAUGUUCACCAGACGAGAUCUAUUGCGACGGUUUAUGUGUAAGCAACAACGAGGCGUCGUCAUGCUCUUCUAUACCAACCGAAAAACACCCCAGUACUUCGGUAUCCAACUGCAGCAGCACAGAGUUCGCCUGCAGCAGCAGUUCCAUCUGCCUGUCUCGGUCCCAGCUGUGUGACGGCCGCCGUGACUGUCCCGACGGCGCUGACGAGCAGGCCUCCAAGUGUGACACACUAUCUUGCUUCGAUACCGAGUUCAUGUGUGCUUCUGGCUCCUGCAUUCCAAAGACAUGGAAAUGUGAUGGCGAUGAGGAUUGUAACGAUGGUUCUGAUGAAGUUAAUUGCGUGAACAUGACCUGCAGGCCAGGUUUCUAUCAGUGCCGGGAUAGAGAGUGCAUUGAGCUUCGGAAACGCUGUGACGGCCAUCAAGAUUGCUUUGAUUAUUCGGAUGAAGAAGACUGCGAAGAUCCUUCUCAAGAUGAGACACCGAGUGACAUACCAAGCUGCGCGCCCUGGGAAUACAGCUGUGAACGCAACAGUAGCAUUUGUUUGCCACCCACCGCUCGUUGCAACAUGAAGGUCGACUGCCCGGGCAGUACAGACGAGCACGGCUGCGACUUCCGCUGCGCGCCGCACGGGUUGUUCGCGUGCAGUCAGCAGCUCAACUGUCUCACCAUGGAUAAAGUGUGUAAUGGCCACCCGGAAUGUGUGGACGGCUCUGAUGAGACACCUGAAGCUUGUGGAAGAGUAAACAAGACCUCCCACCUGUUCCCGACCACCCUGGUGUACACGGACUGCAUCGACGGGUACCGCUGUAACAACGGGCACUGCAUCGAGUGGGAGCAGCUCUGCGACGGCACCAACAACUGCUUCGAUGGAUCAGAUGAGAACGGACUCUGUCCCACAGCAUGUGAGAACAACACCUGCUCAUUCUCGUGCCAGCCGACGCCGCUGGGCCCGCAGUGCUCCUGCCCCAUCGGGUUCCGCCUCGAGACCGACCAGACCACGUGCGUGGACAUCGACGAGUGCAAGUCUGAAGUCUGCUCACAAGUCUGCAUCAACUUCCUCGGGUCCUUCCUAUGUUCUUGUCAUCAUGGAUACGCGCUUAGAUCUGACCGUCGCUCAUGCAAGGCUCUCCGCGGCAACAUGUCCGUGCUGUACGUGUCCGGCAACACGGUCCGGUCCGUGUCCGCGGACGGGUACGGCGCCGUCGAGUUCACCGAUAAGGAUGUCGCGACCAUCACUGAUAUGGACUUUAAUGUCAGGAGUAACAAGCUAUACGUGACGUCAACGGAAGCAGGCAAGUUGUUGGAAGUGAACAGCACACAUAACGUCAUCACUGUUACCAACGUGGGGAGACCUUCCAGGGUGGCAGUGGACUGGGUGACAGGCAACGUGUACUUCAUAGACAGCACUCCGUCUGACAGCCGCGUGCGAGUCUGUCAUGUGAAGAGGAAGCGGUGUGCCAGUCUACAGCCGCUGCCGUCUGAUGCUAAGGUGACUGCCCUAAUCGUGGAGCCAAGUUCCCGUCGCAUGUUCUACUGCGUGACGCGGGAGCUGGAGUCCGUGUUGUGGUCAGCGUCACUCGCCGGAGGUCACGUGACGCACCUGACCACGGUCCGCAACUGCACGGGCCUCGCGGUGGACCCCUUCAAGAAGAAGCUCUAUGUGGCCGAAACAGGGCCCGCGCAUAUUAUAGAAAUGGACUAUGAAGGGGAGAGCCACAAGAAGAUUCUAGCAGACCACCCACAACUGCAAGCACCGCACGGGCUAGCAAUAUUUGAGGACCACAUCUACUACCUUGUAGCGAACUCAUUCCGCCUCAGCCGAUGCCUCCUCUUCGGGCCCAAACACUGCGAGACUUACAUCUACAGGGUGUUUGACGCCAACACUUUCGUCAUCAGACAUGAGAGUGUCCAAAGGGAUGAUUUGGAAGAUGGCUGUAAGGAUGUUGUGUGCGGUAACGUUUGUGCUAUGGAUGAAGACGGCCCGAAAUGCUUGUGUGAUGAUGGAGCGUUGGCUAAAGAUGGCAUGUGCCCUGUUUUGGAUAAGAAAUUCCUACCAUUAUUCAACGGCUGGUCAUACGAGGAGCUGGCGAGCGCCCACAGCGUCUCCUUCACCGUCAUCACCGCGGUGAUGGUGCUGGUGGUGAUCUACCUCUGCGUCUUCGUCUACUACCACUUCGUGUACAAACCCAGGAAGAACAGAGCUUCUGCUUACACUGAAGUGAGAUUCCAAAAUACAUCGUUGGAUAGUUCGCCAUAUCACAAUAACACAACUGUGACCCUGACAACUGAAAGCGGCCUCUCGCACGAGUUCGUCAACCCUCUGCAAUACGUUAGAAACAUGUUCUAUGGGUCCUUCAGAAGACAAGGUGGCAAACCAAACUUUACUGAUGGUGCAACUUUUACGAUACCAAUCUCGCCACCCCAGCAAGACUUGUCAGAUACGGAAUCAGAUUUGGAUGACAAGGAACACAAAAGAAUUUUACGAAACAAAUAGAUUUUAUAUCCCAAUCCCAUUUCUAUUAGUACCAGCUUGUAAGUCCCACGGGUGGGCAAAGCUCUCUA